AUGAAUUUAGACUUGAAAGAAGAACCAGGGGAGAGCAACCCGAUCAUCUUUGCACCAAAGACUUAUCAGUACGAAAAAUUCCAAUUGGAUGUCUCUGAUCUGGAAAGAGACCCUAUUGCGCAAUUUACCAAAUGGUUUAAAGAAGCCAGCGAGGGUGGGUCUACAGACCCGAUCCCAGAGUCUGCCGUUCUCUCCACAGCUCAGUUGCCUUCCGGCAGAGUUUCGUCUCGUGUGGUGCUAUUCAAGGAGCUAGACCACCGGGGAUUUAUUAUCUACUCCAACUUCGACACCUCCAAGAAAAACAAGGAUAUUCGCAGCAAUCCGCACGCAGCUCUUAACUUCUUCUGGAAGGAUCUGCAAAGACAAGUGCGUGUUGAAGGUAUUGUGGAAUUUGUCGAUUAUGAAACGUCUUCUCGUUAUUUCAGCACUCGUCCUAGAGGCUCGAAGAUCGGCGCGCAUGCAUCGCCUCAAUCCUCUAUAAUCAAGAAUAGAGAUGAGCUCGAGGAAAAAUACAAGGAGGCCGAGCAAAAGUUUUCCGAGGCCAAGGACGAGGAGAUUCCCUGUCCACCAAAAUGGGGUGGUAUUAGAAUUGUUCCGCUGGAAAUCGAAUUCUGGCAAGGCAGAAAAAGCAGACUACACGAUAGAUUUACUUACGUCCGUUCCUCCACAGACGAGCCUUGGGAGCUUUUAAGAUUAGCACCUUAAUUUUAGUACAUUUAUAAAUCGUCUAUUUUGAGAGUUUCUCCGUGACAGUAGCGAAUUCUUGUCCCUGGAUACGAGCGAUCUUGAGCUCGAGCUCCGUUGGAGUUCUAGACCCGUCGGAACCAGCAAUGGUGCCGGCACCCCAAGCGGAACCACCAUGGACCUCAUCCACAUUACUGAGUUCAGCGUAGGCCUUGGCGUAGCCCAAUGGCACGUAGAUCAUACCGUGGUGGGCGAAAGUGGACAGAGCGUUGACUGCUGUCACCUCGUUACCUCCACCAGUUCCAGUGGAGACAAAAACACCAGCAGUCUUGUGGUACAGGGCACCGGUGGCCCACAGUCCACCGGUAGCAUCAAUGAAAGCUUUCAAUUGAGAUGGGAAGUUACCAAAUCUAGUUGGAAUACCAAAGAUAAUACCAUCGUAUUCCUUCAGAGCAUCGACAGUGGCAGUUGGGAAGUCUGGUCUCUCAGGAGCAUGGAGCAUUUUGAGGAGCUCAGGGGUGAGAGUCUCUGGAACUUGCAAGAUGUCUGCGGUGGAGCCAACAGACUCGAUACCCUUAGCGACUUCCUUAGCGAGUGUGGCAAUGUGGUGGUAAAGAGAGUAAAUAACAAUUGCGAUUUUGGCCAUGACGAGAUAUGAGUUACUGGUUGAAAGACUAGUGGAAUGCUGGC